AAUCCUGAGCUCACUGAGGAGGCUGAAUCUUUUCCCCAGGAGGGCCCUGCUCAGCAUCCGCAGACCCCUGAGGAGGUUGAAUCUUUUUCGCCCCAGGCAGAGGCCCAGACUCAGCAUCCAGAGCCCACUGAAGAGGUAGAACCACCUCCACUUCAGCAGGAGGCUCCAUCUCAGCCCUCAGAGGCCCCUGAGGAACUAGAAACUCCAAGUUCUCAGGAGGCCGUCGCCCGGCCUUUGGAGACACUUAAGGAGCUUGUAGUUCGAGCAGUAGCACAUCAUGGGGUUGAUCCUUCUCCAGUUCAGCAGGAGACCCCAUCUCAGCCUCCAGAGAGCCACGAGGAGGUUGAACCUCCGCCAGUCCAGCAGGAGGCACCAUCUCAGCUUCCAGAGAGCCCUGAGGAGCGUCACGCUCAUUCCAACUUACCCAGUGUUACACCUCAACCUCUGAAUUUGGAACUUAGCAUCACUCCAGAGCCCACUACGGAAGCUGAAUUUCCUACAACUCAGCAGGAGCACCUGACUCCACCGCUUGAGCAUCCUGAGGGGACAGAAUCUUCUCCAACCCAACAAGAGACUUCAGCUAAGCCUCCAGAGCCUCCUGGAGAGGUUGAGCCUUCAAGGGAGCAGGAGCAACCAGCUCAGCCUUCUGAGCCUCCUGGGGAAGUUGAACCUUCUCCAACCCAGCAGGAGCCCACAGCAACCCAGCAGGACAUUCCAGCUCAGUUUUCAGAGUCUUUUGGAGAACCUGAAACCUCUGCAACCAAGGAGGAAGCCUCAGCUCAGUAUCCAGAGACCCCUAAUGAGGCAGAAUCUUCUGCAACCCAGCAGGAGAUCCCAGCUCUGUCUCCAGCGGAGAUAGAAACUUCUGCAGCCCUGCAGGAGCAACCAGCUCAGCCUCCAGAGCCUUCUUCAGGGGAGGUGGAACCUUCUCCGACUCAACAGGAACAGCCAGCUCAACCUCCAGAGCAUCAUGAAAUGACAGUUUCACCUCCAAGUCACCCUCAUGCUCAGCAUUCAGACUUAUCCGGUGUCACUGUCAAACAUGCAGAUGUGGAGCUUACCAUAACAAAAGAACCCACUCCAGAGGUGGGACCUUCUCCAAAUCAGCGCAAGCCUUCAGCUCAGCCUCAGUGCCCCUUACUAAUGCAGAAUUUUCUACAAUGCAACGUGAGGCCCCCACACUGCCUUCACAGCCACCUGAGGAGGUUGAACUUUUGCCAGUUCAGCAGGAGGCUCCAGCCGAACUCUAGAAGACAGUACACAGCUCCUGACGUACCUUCUCCACCUCAGCAGGAAGCCACAGCUCAGCAUCCAGAGUCCCAUGGUGAGGUGGAAUCCUCUCCAACUCAGUCUCCAGAGCUCUCUAAUGUGACUCCCCCUGAGAACAUGGAAUCUUCUCCAGUCCAACAGGCGUUCCCAGGCCUACAUCUGGAACCCCUUAAAGAGACAGAACCUUCUCCAGCUGAGCAGGAGGCCCCAUCUCAGCCUCUAGCACCACCUAAGGAGGUUGUAGCACAAACUCCAGUGCAUUAUGAGAUGACAGUUCCAACACUAGGACAGGAUCAAGCUCAGCAUUUAAACUUGCCCAGAGUCACAGUUAAUCCUUUGGACCAGGGCCUUCCCACAGCUCCAGAACCUACAACGGAGCUCGAGGUGACAUUUCCAAAUGCAGAGCAAGUUCAGGCUCAGCAUCCAACCUUGACAGAGGUCACAAUUCAACCUUUGAACCUUGAACUGACGAUAAGGCCACAACCCACUAAGGAGGAUGAACCUUCUCCAACCAUGCAGGAUAACUUAACACAGCCUCCAGAACCAUAAGAGGUUUUUGUAGCUCAGCUUCCAGUAUAUCAGAACCCAAUAGUUCCAACACCAGAACAGGAUCACACUGAGCGUCCAGCAUCACCCAGUGUCACAGUUCAACCUUUAGACCAGGGGCUUACCACAACUCCAGAAGCUACUGUGGAGGGUGAACAUUCCACACCCCUGCAGGAGACUAUAGAUCCUCCAACAUGCCACGAGGUGACACUUCCAAAUCCAGAGCAAGUUCAGGCUCAGCAUCCAACCUUAACUGGGGUCACAGUUCAACCUUUGGACCUGGAACUUACAUUAACUCUGGAAUCCACUUUGGAGGUUGAUCCUUCUCCAACCAUGCAGCAGACCCAAGCUCAGCCUCCGGACCUGGAACUUACCACAACUCCAGAACCUACUACAGAGUCUGAACAUUCUGCAGCCCGGCAGCAGACUACAGCUCCCCCUCCAAAACACCCUGAGAUGACACUUGCACAGCCAAACCUGACUCAACUCACAAUUCAACCUAUGGAUGUGGAAAUUACCAUUACUGCAGGAUGCAAUAUGGAGACUGUACCUUCUCCAAUCAUGCAGCACACCCCAACUCAGCCUCCAGAGGCACCUCAGGAUGUAGUAAUUCAAUCUCCAUUCCAGCAGGAGGUGACAGUUCCAAAUCCAAGCAAGGAUCAAGGUCAGCAUUCAACAUCAUCCAGCGUCAGAGUUCAUUAUGUGGACCUAGAGCAAACCACCACUCCAGAAUCCACUAUGGAGGCUGGACAUUGUACAUCCCUCCAGCAGACUACAGCUUCCCCUCCAAAACACCCUGAGGUGACACUUGCACAACCAAACCUGACUCAAGUCACAGUUCUACCUGUGGGCCUGGGAGUUAACAUAUCUCAGCAACCAAGGGCAUCUGAGACAGUUCGCCUUCCUGGUGUAAAAUAUACCCCAGAAAAGAAGCAGCCGGAACAGAAUGCCACCACAAACUUCAGCAUAUGUGAGCUGUGUACCUGCAAAAAUGAGAUGCUGUCAUGUGUUGGUCUCAGCCCAAAGCAGAAGCUCCACAGAGUGCCUGAGCCAGAGCCUGACGCCUACAGCGGCACCUUCACCAUCAGAGAUUUUUCCUGCAAUAAAACAGCAUCUGUCGAAAAAAUUACAUUAGAACUACUACCUUUUUUGCAGUUUAUAAAUCUUGGUUGCAGUUUACUCACAGAACUGAGCUUUGGAACGUUUCAGGCCUGGCAUGGAAUGAAGUUUUUACACAAGUAAAUUCUCAAUCGUAAUCCUUUGACAGCAGUUGAAGAUUCUUAUGUUUUUACAUUGCCAGCAUUAAAAUAUUUAGACAUGGGAACAACACAAGUCACAGCAAUUGAAAGCAUCCUCAUGAUGACCCUUGAAUUGGAAAAACUGUGUGCAAGAUGUGGCUCUUUCACACAUAUACAUAUAUCUGUUCUUCUUCGGAUCCUUUUCCCAGCAGCCACUCUAACAUUCUGCAGUACAGUGGUCCCACGUGCGAUCUGCCUGUGUCCGGUCACCUGCAGGAGGAAAGUCAUGGCCACUCCACCCUCCAAGAGACUGCGACUCACAGAGAAAUCUCUUCGCUCCGCGGAAGCUGUGAGUGGUGGCCUUCACGUAAAUCUGAGACUAAAGGACAACAGGAAGAGAGACACAGGAGGACAUGAGAAUCGCUGACGGAGAGAACCACGGGCAUCCACAUUCAAUCGCAAACAGAGAGUCUACAUUAGUCUCCAGCGAAGCUAAUGUCCACCAGGGUCUAGCCCCACUACCCUUGUCACCUGGUGAGGAGACUGGAGACAGCGAAACCCCCAUAGCCACUCUCACAGAAAUCAGGGAGAGCAUCCCUAACAGUCAAACUGAAAAUGGUCAUGAUAUGAAAGAAUAACAUACCCUUUCAGAAAACUGAAGACUGUUCUCUUGCUUCUCAAAAACUUGCAAAUACUCUGUGUCCUUCUAGAAGCAUAUUGAAACCUUCAGCCUUAGACGGCAGUAAUGGGAGGGCAUCUGAGCUCAAAACCAUCCAACACUCACACCCUAAGGGUGCUGAGGAUGACCCGUGUCCACCCCUCGGCUGCUGUGGGGCCUGAAAUCCCCUAAUCACUGAGGACGGCAGGGCCUCACAGACACUCCACUGGACCACCAAGGGCUUGGCUGAUGGGCUAAAAUCCUUUAUCAAAUACAUGCUUUGCAAACAUCUUCGCCAUUUUCGAUAAUGGAUUAUCUUAUU